UCUCGCCAUAGGUGAUGUCUGGAAAUAAGCGCAUGAUAGAGGUGCGCUCUCGGAGCUCCGCCCCUAAAUAACAUCAGCACCAGCAUCACCAUCACCAUCAUCACAGACGGAAAGAAAUAACCGGAGGGCACGAGAGAGGACGCACGCGGAUUGUCAACUUGCUGCAUGCGCCUCGCCGCGCCGUCGCGUUCAUGCAUCACCUCUGAGCGCUAAUAUAAGGAACCCUCUGGCGUGGUGAAGUACAUCUGGAUUCUCCUGAUUUUCUGGACAAGUAGCACGCUCAGCAUGCGCUAAGUCCAUCCCUAGCGUAGUGAGAGAGCACGUUAGUGUCGAAGCCGGGACAUCGGCCAUGGCCUUUAAUUCAGAUGCACUACCGCAGUAUCACGAGGGAGUCUGCUGCCACCGGCGCUUCCGACACUCGUGGAAGACACGUCGGCCAGCGCGGAUUCUCGGCCUCCUCGUCGCACUCGUAGCAAUAAGUAUGGUGGCCUUCUCGUGGCCCUCGUCUUCUCAGCAGGAGGGGGGGCUACGGAGCCACACCCCACACAGGACUUUGCUGUCCACACACCUUGGUUACCACGGUAACCUCUCAGAGGACCCGCACGGGGCCAAGCACUCAUCCCCGGGGUCGAACAAUAGUCAGGGGGAAUAUCCGACUGACCUGUUCAGCUUGGAGGACCGCAGGCGAGGUGCCGUGAUACUGCACAUGUUCGGCAUGAUCUACAUGUUUAUCGCCCUGGCCAUCGUGUGCGACGAGUUCUUUGUUCCUGCGCUGACCGUCAUCACGGAGAAACUCAAGAUUUCGGACGAUGUCGCGGGCGCCACCUUCAUGGCGGCCGGGGGCUCGGCUCCCGAACUCUUCACCUCUGUCAUCGGCGUCUUCAUUUCCCACAGUAACGUGGGCAUCGGCACCAUCGUCGGCUCGGCGGUGUUCAACAUCCUGUUUGUCAUCGGAAUGUGCGCCGUGUUCUCCAAAGAGAUUCUGAACCUGACGUGGUGGCCUCUGUUCAGGGACGUCUCCUUCUACAUCAUCGGCCUCAUCAUGCUCAUCAUCUUCUUCUUGGAUAACUACAUCACAUACUGGGAAAGCAUCAGCCUUCUAAUGGCCUACGCCACCUAUGUGCUCUUUAUGAAGUUCAAUGGAACGGUAGAGACUUUCGUCAAGGGCUGUCUGAACAGAAACCAGGUUGUGGAGGUGGAGACCCAACCGAAGCUGAGCCCUAACGGACUGGAAGAUGACAGCAAACUGUCGGCCAAACCCCGGCUACAGAGAGGAGGAAGCUCCGCCUCAUUACACAACAGUCUGAUGAGAAACAGCAUCUUUCAGCUAAUGAUCCACACGCUCGACCCUCUGAGUGAAGAAUUUGCUGACUCUGAACUGGGCACUUAUGGCAAGCUAAAAUAUUAUCACUCAAUGACCGAAGAAGGAAAGUUUCGCGAGAAAGCGUCCAUCCUUCACAAAAUUGCCAAAAAGAAAUGUCAGGUGGAGGACUCAAAUGGAGUUGCUGAUAAAAAUCUUCCAAACAGCUCCAAUGUGGAAGAGGACGUGACCCCGCCCAUGAACGGCACGGCUGGACCAGAUGGAGAUACGGGUGAAGAAGAGGAUGAGGAAGAUCAGCCUCUUAGCCUGUCAUGGCCCGAGAGCUGCCGUAAGCGUUUCACGUAUCUCUUCCUCCUACCCAUCAUCAUUCCUCUCUGGAUAACUCUGCCAGAUGUGAGGAAGCCGAGUGCCAAGAAGUUUUUUCCAAUCACGUUCCUGGGGUCUAUUUGCUGGAUCGCAGGCUUCUCGUACCUGAUGGUCUGGUGGGCUCACCAGGUUGGAGAAACUAUAGGCAUCACAGAGGAGAUCAUGGGACUGACCAUUCUAGCGGCUGGAACCUCAAUCCCUGAUCUCAUCACCAGUGUCAUAGUGGCACGCAAGGGUCUGGGGGACAUGGCCGUCUCCAGCUCUGUUGGCUCCAACAUAUUUGACAUUACUGUGGGGUUACCACUUCCAUGGCUGCUGUACUCUUUUAUAAACAAUUUGAAUCCAGUGAGGGUGAGCAGUAACGGUCUGUUCUGUGCCAUCGUUCUACUCUUCAUCAUGCUCAUCUUCGUCAUCAUCUCCAUCGCCGCCUGUAAGUGGAAAAUGAGCAAGCUGCUUGGCUCCAUCAUGUUCCUGCUCUAUCUUGUCUUCCUGGUGGUCAGCGUCCUUUUGGAGGACAAGGUGAUCGUCUGCCCCGUCUCUAUCUAGCACACGUGUGCACAUGCGACUUCAUGAAGAUAAAGACGCUUCAUACAAGUAUGUACUCGGAGACUUUACCUCACCUCUGUUUGCCCAACAUGACCUCCAUCCAGCUCCGUUGAAGCACAGGUGUAUCAUGUUUUGGUGACUUGGCACAAAUCUGGAUCAAUUCACUGUUAUACCAUUUGGUGUCCUGUGUUAAAGGCACAAUAUGUAAGAUUUUUAUAAUGUCCAAAAACGCUUGCACCACAAAGUUGUGUACUUACAUUAUUCCAAAAGUUCCGAAAGAUUUGUUAAUCUGUCAAUGAUGUUAUAUCCGCAUUAUCCUUGGUUUCCACCAUUCCAUACGUCUCUGAAUGGUGAAAAUGACAUCUCCCAUUGUUCCACUCUCCUUCAUAGCAUCAUCAAGCUUCACCUUUCACUAUCCUUAUGAAAAUGCGACCUGUAGCGGUGAAAAAGUACAUAUUGUGCCUUUAAGGGGGUUUGAGCCUCUGUAAAGUGUCAUUCAUUGCAGAAUUGGAGCUGUAACGGUACACUAAACUGAAAGUCAGAGCUGCUAAAAUAUACAAACUCAUUUCACAUGGAUCAUCAUUUCUACUGUAAUAACUUCUUGAUGGUGUUUAAGCAAAUCAAGCAACAUGCAGAUAUUUAUAUUACACAAUGUCUCAAAUGUUGUGUUUCUAUGUUUUAGUCUCUCUGCAGGGUACAUUAAGGGUUUAGAAUCACACAGACGUUUGGUCAUUUCUCAUGUUAUGAACAUGCGGCAACUAUCGAUUAAUAGACUUCACUCCAUAUACAGAAACAGUUUUAGCUUUAAUUUGUCUUUCACGUUCAAGUAAAUUUGAUAUAAAGGAAAUUCUUGUAUUAUUUUUUGUCUAUUAUGCAACUUAAACAAAUCCCAUAUACUUGAAUGUUUACGUAUUUAUUGAUAUAAAGGUGCACUAUGUAACUUUUAAAAGGAUAUUUUGGCAGAAAUGCAAUAAAAUAUAUAUAACUAUAAUAUUAGUGGUGUAUAAAAACCUUCCAUAAUAUACUAUUGUGUGUUUAUUAGCUUAAAAUGAGCCGUUUAUAUCUACAAACACUGCGGGUCUCCUUACAAGGAAGUUGCCGUCAUGUUUCUACAGUCAAACUGCUCUACAGAGCGUGGUUUUGUAACUAGAUUUUCUCAGACAAUGACGCGUUUGUCCCGCUCCACACCACUGUAUCUAUUUUUACAACCUGCGACCAUUAAAUAAACGUAAUGUAAGUGAAAAACAGGCUUUAUUUCAGACUUAAAGUGCUUAGAAGCCAUUAGAUUACAUAGCAUUGUAAACUGGCAAGAACAUACGGUUAUAAACCACAGAAACCAGCAUGUUCAUAUUAAUAACAAGAUAGGAUAAAGAACCACAUUUGAAACAUUUACAAAGCAGCGUUUGUAUUCAUCUGUAUACAAGAACUAUAAAUACAUCUACAUUAGAUUUAGCAGCUUGAUAUAAAAUAUGAAUAUAUAUAUAUAUAUUUCCAAAUAUUUAAUAUAAGCUAUAGGGAUUUGCACGCAACAUACAUGGUUUUUAUUUUUGUUUUUAAUGAUCCGCCCCAACCCGCCCUGCAAAUAAAGUGACAAUUUCUUUACCCAUAGGGUUAUGAGAUUACCUGUGUAUCACUAGUGGCUACCGUAUCUGCUCUAUGCAUUUCGAAAGGGAGGGGUGAGCGAUGGACUAAUUCAGACGUGGAAGAGGCGGCAAAAACAUGCUAAUCGUGCAUAGUUUGCGCGUGCAAAGUCGCGUGUGAAAUUCUACUCAUUUGAGACAUUUGCUCGUUAAUUCGCGUCAUGGGCGGGGCUUAUAUAGCUCAAAUUGAGUAAAUUUACCAGAUUGUUCAACCUCCUCACUCACUUUCUUCCAAACAAGAUCCUUUUUAUUCCUGUAAAAGUAUGAAGAUGUCUCGUGUAGUGAUGAUGAUUGUCCUCCAUUGUUGUUUUGUUUUUCUGCCUCCGCUCGCUUCCUGUAAUCACGUCAAGCUCCUGAUUGGUUAAUGCACGGCGAGAAUCAGCCAAUGUUCAGAUUUUUCAACGUUCCGCGUAUUCCGUGCCAUCUGCACUGCGCCAUUCGUGCUUCCCGUGCCGCAGGGUGCCUAUUCGUGUCUUUGCAUUGACUUAACAUGUAAAUCACUGGCGUUCCCGCCUCUUCUGCGUCUGUUGUGAAUGCACCAUAUGUCGUAAUUUGCAACCUCACCACUAGAUGCCGCUAAAAUCCACACACUGCACCUUUAAUUAUUUCAUAUUUUAUUUACACAUUAUUACUGAUCGAGUAGUUUAGUGAACCGUUACAUCCCUAGCUCCAAAGAAAACAGUGAAUGUUUAUUUACUGGUGUGUUUGAGAUGCAUGUGAUCAUGAGCUGAUGAAUGUUUUUGUUACACAUUAAUAUUAGUGACAUCUCAGUGUUUUAUUCUGUCAUCUUAUGUUUCACGAGCUCUCAUCUGUUGGCUUAUAAGGGCACUGGUGAGGUAACACGGCUCUGUGGUUUGACCCAUCUAAAGCCUGUAAAAUUGAUUUGCAGCUUGUCUUUAUCGGAAAAGGCGAAAACCACAGUGGCAAAUAACAUUUGAGGGUUUAAAUGGACCUAGAUCAGCAUACUAAAAUGUUUUAUUUGUAUUUAUUUUGAAAAAUGUAUUUUUUCUUUAUAAUUUUUGCUUGUGUGUCAAGAUGCCAAGAAACAGAUAUGAUAAUGCACGAUUUGCUCAACCUGGUGUAUGAUACCUUCAACUGUACACGAUGCUCAACUUUUUUCAGUUUUAAGAGUUUAUUUUGUUAGUUUGAUUCAAACUGUGUAGUUUGUAGAUGAAGCCGCAGUAUUUACUGUGGUCGUACACCACUAACUUUCUUAGUAACGCACGACAAGAUUACACAAGUGAACAAAAUAGCAUGCAUGUUGUUCCCAAAGUAUAAAAACAACCUUAUUAUUUACUUGUUUAUUGAAAAAAAUCAUGUGAUAUAAUAUUAUAAAUGGGGCAAGGGACACAUGUAGGUGCUUAUAGACUAUAGUGAAGUGUUAAAAAAAACAUUUAGACAUAUUAUAGGCACUCUGAGCUGCUUGAACAAUAUGCAGUGAUUUCUCUUAAUACUCGACAUCUCUGUGUAUUUGGACUGAAACUCAGCCCGGACAGAAAUUCUUUAUUCUAAAGUAGACACAAAUACAUGCAUGGAAAUGUGUAGCUUAAUUUAAGAUAACCUGUGCUCAUUGCUUUAAACACAAGACAUUUACCUAAAGAUCUUUUGGUUACAAAAGAGUGUUAAUGUAUUAGCACAGUCUAAAGUUAUAUUAGAUAUGUAAAAUCACGUGCAUUUAUGAAUAAAGGUGCUUUAGGAUUUUAUCUUUAUAAUCUGUACAGACACACAUGAACUUAUAGAGACAUUACACCCACUAAUAAACUCAAUAGUACAGUAGCAUCACAUUUCUGUGAUCCAUGUAGUUAUUUUGUUGUGGAGAGUUUUUUUUUUUAAAGGGGCAGGCCUAUAUUAAAACCUACAAAGGAGGAUUAGGGCCUAGCUAAAAUUAAAAAAAUAAAACCAUCUCCAGAUUAAAGUCAUUAUAAUUUCGAGAUUUAACUAGUAGUGUUUAAGAAAAUGUUCUAAAUAAAUAAUAUUCCUAUAUAAAAGUUGUAAUAUUUUGAGAAAAAAGUAAAUAUAACAACAAUAAAGUGUAAUGAGAAUAAAGUUUUUUUUUUAAAUAAUGUCAUAUUUUAUAAUUACAUUAAUACCAAAUUAAAUACCUGCCUUGUUAAUAUAACAAUAUAGGAGACGUGCUCAGAAUGUAAAUGCAAGGAGCAAAGUUUCACUUCAUGUAAAAUAUGACAUUAUUCUAAAAUAUAAUAAUUACUUUAUUCCCAAAACCUCACAAUUUCAUUCUUGAAAUAUUAUGACUUUAUUCACGUUAUAUUGACUUUAUUCUAGCAAUAUUAUUACUUUAUUUGACUUAUUUUGACUUUAGCUUGGCCCUAAUCGUCCUUGGUAAAAACCAUUGCUUUCUUUAUAUUUAUCCACAAAUAAUUUGAUGUCUGAUCACCAUACUGUACCAUACUGCCCUCUGGUGGCUUUUUCAAAUAGUGUUUUAUUAUUUUAUAUGCAUUUGUAGAAUUGCAUUUAAAGGCUGGAUUCACUCAUCUGUGCAUAAAUCAGAUCUGCAGUCAUGAGAUUUUAUUAAUGGUGAGGUGUGAAUGUCAACCAAACAACAGAGCAAAGUGUUCAGAUCAUGAUGUGCGGUCUGGGAAUUGAUGCGUUUAACGGAUGAUAUUAAAGGGAAUGUAAGUGAUAUAAGCAAUGUAGCUGUUUCUAAACAUUUAAAAUUGUAAUGCUUUACUAUCCCGACCUCUCAAACACCAUCAGUAUUUAUUUUCCUCAUCAGCAGCUGUUUUUUUUAAAUAUUAUUUUGUAUU